AUGGCAAAGGAAGAGGAGGACACUCCCUCGGGAGCAGGGCUGGUGACCGGAGACACCACAGCAAAUACCAGCGUACAAGUGCAGACACCAUCACAGAGUCCGCCAAAGCCUGCGAAGACAGAUAUUGCACUCAUAAUCAUUGGAACAAUUUCAGGAAUAGGUGCAGGCAUCCCAUUCCCUCUACUCGGUAUUCUGUUCGGUGAAUUAGUCGAUGACUUGAACUCGUCGACAUGCACUACCGCUCCACCUCCACCUGGAGGCUACCAAGCUGCCAUCACCACCAAGGUGUUGCAGGUCAUUUAUGUCUCGAUCCUAAAUUUCGUAUGCAUGUACAUCCACACUGGGUGCUGGAGCAUGGUUGGCGAACGCCUGGUUCGACGUCUACGGACCAAAUACUUCCACAGUCUUUUGAGACAAGAGAUUUCCUAUACAGACACUCUACCUUCGGGUGAUGUUACCUCUCGUCUGGUCAGUGAUAUUGAAGUAAUUCAAGCAGGAACGUCAGAGAAAGUAGGCUUGUUUAUCGGUACCAUUUCUUACUUCGUUGCUGCGUACGUUGUUGCAUUUCUCAAAGUUGCAACCAUCGCAGCCAUGCUCAUAUCGGUUGUUCCUAUCUACUUCCUGAUGGCGUUUGGUGGAGGACACUAUAUCAAGAAAUACUCGGGCCGAAUAUCGACUCAUAUCAACGCCGCAACGUCAAUUGCAUCAUCUAGUUUGUCUCAUAUGAGUAUCGUCCACGCAUUUAACGCGAAUGCGAGGCUGGAGAAGCUAUUCGCUCAUCAUCUGGCUAGUGCACGAAUGGAUUCGUUGAAGAAGGCCCUCACCCAUUCUAUGCAGUUCGGUAUGCUCUAUUUUGUGGCAUAUGCAUCGAAUGCGCUUGCAUUCUGGCAAGGGAGUAGAAUGAUAGCUGAUCUUGCGGAGGGGAAGCCAUCCAAGGUCUCGGUUGGCGCUGUAUACACUGUUAUAUUUGUUCUACUUGACGCCUCAUUUGUUCUCAGCCAGAUGGCCCCAUUUAUGCAUAUUUUCGCCUCGGCGGCAUCUGCAUCGGAAAGGCUCAUGACCACCAUUCGACGUCAGUCUGCUAUUGACGGAACCUCCUCGGAAGGUGACGCGACCAUUUCCUUGGCCGCAGAGGAAAUUGAGCUUCAAGACGUUACGUUCAAGUAUCCAGCUCGCCCCGAGGUCCCCGUGCUGCAAGGCGUAAGCUUCAAGAUCCCUCCAAACAAACAUACGGCUAUUGUAGGGACUUCAGGCAGCGGCAAGUCGACUGUCGUCGCACUUCUGGAACGACUAUACGAUCCAAUCACAGGUUCCAUCCGUGUGGGUAAUCGGGACCUAAAGGAUAUCAAUGUCCGACAUCUACGAGGAAGCAUUGGACUUGUUCAACAGGAGCCUAAUCUGCUCGAUCGAUCUAUACUAGAAAACAUCGCGCACGGGCUCGUCAGCUCCUCUCAGAAGAAACACGAACAUCUUCUACCUGCCUUGUUAGAUUCGAGCCUUUCUGACUUAGCCGAGAAAAUGCGACAGGGGGCAAGUGAAGAGGAAGCUGUAUCAGAGUACGAAGAUACGAUCCAAGAGAUCGUCAAUCUUACGCGUCAUGCGGCUACCCUGUCAAAUGCGAUUGACUUCAUCGAUGCACUACCCGAUGGUCUAGCGACAAGGGUAGGCAGUUCUGGUGCGGAACUAAGUGGUGGUCAGAAACAACGGAUCGCCCUUGCUCGGGCCCUAAUUCGAGAUCCACCAUUGUUACUACUAGAUGAAGCUACGGCUGCGCUUGACUCGACCAGCGAGCGACUGAUACAGGCAGCUCUGAACAAGGUGUCUGAAAAUGUCACGACUGUUUCCAUCGCACAUCGAUUGGCUACUGCUAAGGAUGCUGAUAACAUCAUCGUUAUGCAGAAGGGUAAGGUGAUGGAGCAGGGAACGCAUAUGAAUCUCGUAGCACAGGAUGGGGUGUAUGCUGGUAUGGUCCGGCUGCAGAAUCUAGGGAAGUUCAGUUCCUCUAGUUCGAUUAUGACGGAGUCCACACAGCUUGAUGCAAACGUCGAGAAGUCUCUAAUCACUACGGACACGCUUGUGAAUAAAGACGGGACGCUGGUAAUGGAUAAGGGCGCGCUAGACGAAAAGGAGAAAGCCGCCCAGCUAUAUAUACCUGAAGAAACGGAAGAAGUGAAGGCUGAAUCUGAUGAGAAGGAGAAGCCCAAACAAAGCCUAUGGGCUACUAUGAAGGGAUCAUUCCCGCUCAUCCGGCCGAAUCUACUACUUAUCUCGCUUGGACUGGCUACCUCCAUCAUGAUUGGAGUCAGCUAUACUGGUGAAGCAGUCAUUUUCGGUCACACCGUAGGCAGCCUCAGCGUCUGUCGAGGCGGCCCGAGCAUCCGCGAUAGCGGUAUGCUGUUUGGUCUGCUCUUUUUCAUUCUUGCAGUAGUCAAGUUCAUCGCUGUGAUAGUCAACGGAGCCGCGUUUGGCUGGGCCGCUGAGAAGACCCUCUAUCGAACACGGGUACUUUCACUGCGCUCACUGCUCCGACAGCCGUUGGAAUGGCAUACUUCUGAUGGACGAACACCUGGGCUACUAAUUGCCCAUGUUACCAGCGACGCCUCUGCCCUGAGCAGUCUGACAGGCACCACGAUUGGCGUGCUCUUCUCCACCAUUGCGAAUUUAUUUGCAGGUGUCAUCCUAUCGCAUAUUAUUGCAUGGAAGAUCGCUGUCGUUCUUCUAGCUACGUUGCCGGUUCUCCUGGCUUCGGGAGUCCUUAGACUUCGUAUAAUGGCUCAAUACCAGAAGAAGCAUCAGAAGGCAUUUGCACAAGCGACGGCUAUCACCGUCGAGGCUGUGGAUAAUAUCAAGUCAAUCGCAGCAUUCUCGCUUGAGCGUGAGGCCUAUGGAGUAUUUAGUCGGUCUCUGAGAGCUCCGUAUAAGUCGAACAUGAAGUCGGUAUUGUAUGGGAACUUUUGGCUAUCGUUGGCAUACAGUAUCAGCACGCUGGUAUAUGCACUGGCCUACUGGUGGGGAUCUCAACAGAUUCUAUCUGGCAUGUAUACGCAAGUGCAAUUCUUCAUCGUUUUGCCUGCACUGCUGUUCAGUACACAGUCAUGCGGCCAGAUGUUCGCUCUGGUACCUGACAUCUCCAAGGCACGCAUUGCAGCAUCCAACAUCGUCGAUCUCCUAUCCAUCAAACACGACGGCGACGAAGAAUAUGACAAAAGUAGCUCUAGUGCCCAUGCCAAACACACCGAUCCAAGAUUCUACAUGAUCGAAGACAAGCCCCAGGAUGUCGAGGCCCAGUCAAAUACAGCUACUCCAUCUUCAUUCCCAACAAAGGGCAUGGGCGUACAAUUCUGCAACGUCCACUUCCGCUACCCAUCCCGCCCCAACCAGCCUGCCCUCGACGACCUCACAAUUAACAUUCCACCAGGCCAAUUCUGUGCUCUCGUCGGCCCCUCUGGCUCUGGCAAAUCAACCACCUUUGCCCUAUUGGAGAAAUUCUACAAUCCAGCCUCAGGCUCCAUCCUGGUCGACGGCACAGACAUCACCAAACAAUCCGGCGCUGCCUUCCGAGAUACCAUCUCCCUCGUACCACAGGAGAACGUCAUGUUCGAAGGAACAGUAGCCUUUAAUAUCGGUCUAGGCGCCCGUCCUGACGUCGAAGCUACACAGGAAGAGAUCGAGGAGGCGUGCCGUCUAGCUAAUAUACAUGACACCAUUGCCGCGCUGCCGGACGGAUAUAAUACCGUCUGCGGCCAGGAUGGAAAACAGUUUAGUGGUGGUCAGAGACAGAGGUUGAGUAUUGCGAGGGCUCUGGUGAGGAAACCUCGUCUUCUGCUGUUGGAUGAGUCCACUAGUGCGCUUGAUGUGGAGAGCGAGAAGCAUGUUCAGGAUGCGUUGGCGAAGGUUGCACGUAAAACGACCAUAGUGGCUAUAGCGCAUCGGUUGAACACGAUCCAUCGGGCGGAUAGGAUAUUUAUGAUUGAGGGAGGCAAGUGUGUUGAUCAGGGGACGCAUGGGGAAUUGGUAGAGAGGUGCAAGAGUUAUAGGGCGAACGUCAUUCAUCAGUCGCUGGAUACGUAA